AUGGUUCAGUUGACACCAAUACGAGGCUUUACAAAUACCCCGGUCUCAAAGUCAAUAUGCAUUAUAUCAACAAUAUUGCCACUCGUUUUGUCAAUCUUAUCCAUAAAGUAUUACUUGAACUUAGGCAUUGAUCCUUAUAUCAUUGAGUACUACCAAUUCUGGAGGCUAAUCACAUAUCAAUUAUCCGUCAUAAAUGAGUCUGAUUAUCUACUAGUCAUCCUUCUAUGGUUCCAAUUUAAAGUAUUAGAGAGGUUUUACGGAUCUAGAAAAUAUCUUUCGGUUAUUACCUCCUUUGCAAUAAGCAAUUCAAUUGUAUGUCUUUUGGUCAUGAGCCUUGGGCAGCUCUUAGUGUACUAUGUCAUGUUUAUUGUAAAGGUGGUCCUACUUGGGUACGAUGCAGGCAGCGUCCAAUAUCAAACAACAAUUCUCAAUACAAUCAUUCCUGGCCCACUCGGGAUCAUCUCGUCAUUAUACGUCACUUAUGGCGCCAAUAUACCAGUAUCCUAUUAUUUCAAGAUAGUGUUAAAAAAGCCAAGUUCUGGUGGAAAUGACGUCAAGUCCAUAGGCCCUUUUUCACAACAAUUGAAUCUAACCAAUAGGUUCCCAGUGCAUAUUUUAUUCACGUUGCUUUUCUUCAACAACGGAUUCAAAUCUAUAAUACCUUGUCUGGUGGGAUUAUUGAUUGGGAAAUUAUACACUUUUGAACUCCUACCAAUGGGAACGUCGUGGUUGUUACCAAGGGGUUUUUUCCAUAUGUUUAUAAAUCCUCGUAAAAAAGUGGAGCAUAUUUGGCAGUAUUUGCAACAGAGAUUCACACACGACUAUCAACCUUUAUCAGUAUCAAAUACAAAUGAAGAACUCCAAGAUCGAAAUGUGAGCGAAGAACCAGAAGAUAAUGACGAACUUUUGGACGAGACCAGACAAGAGGAAAGCAGGAUUCGUGCCGAGACCCCUGUGCGACCAUUGGGGAGUCAGUUCCUUGACACAUUCAGAUCGUAA